CUCCUGAAAGUUUCAUCAUGAGAAGCAUAUACCACUAAUUGGCAUUCUCCAUCGAACUCUGUCCUUUCAAGUUGCUUCCAGUUUCUAUUCAUUCUUGUGAUGUCUGCUUCCGAUUCUCGACGCAAUGUGUUCUUCGGCCUUCUGCUUUCCCGUUUCCUUUCAGGAUUCCAAGUGAGCACUUGCCUUGAAGUUUGUAUCGAAGAUUGGAACUUUGAUAUUGGUUAACAGUUGUUUUGAGUCCCAUCUCUUCUUCAACUAUAGGAAUGUGGCCCUUAAUUUUCUAAUUCUUGCCAUUACAUCUGCAUCUAACCCUUUUUGUUCAUCAAUGAUACUGUCUAGAUUCUCUCACUGCUCUCCACCAGCGCAGCUUACAAGGUACCUUCAGGCUAGACACAAACCUAGCAAACACUGAAGGUUUCAGGUCACAUGACUCAAGGCACUUCAGAUAACUCCUGCGGAUAUACUGAUCAUAUGCAAAUUAUAUCCAAGGCUGUUCGAGAAUGGGAUUCCGCAUUUAUUUCAUUCACAAAGUCUUGCAAACACCUGUGUGAAAGUCGUAAGGAAAAUAAUCUGCUAGUUGAUGUCCAACCGUGUUUUUCAUUACCAAUUCUAAACGAACUCAUUGAAACACGCUUAAGUAUUUCCAUGAAAUUAGCUGUUGGCAAAUAUCAAGAAAAAUCAUUCGAUGCCAGAGAUAAAUUUGAUCAUUCAACGGAUCAUCUAUUUUCUGCUCUAAAUUCAUUUGCCGAGACCGUUACAAACCACUACGUCCUAAACAGUCGCCUUCCUAAAAUUGUCUUAAUUCAAAAUAUCCUGAAUUUAAUAAAUUCCUUCAAGAGUAUGUUGGCUGACGAGUGUGAUGCAAUCAAGUUAUUUCACUUUAAGCAAAUUUUUAAUGGUUCAUUUAACACUAACGACAAGUGGACCGAUUACUUUCUGUUUAAUAAUUCUCUGAGUAAACGUACUUGGUGUAAUGAUUUUAUUGUACAGUUAAAUACCUUACUAGAUUUUUUGAUAUAAGGCUUUCGAUCUGACUAGAGUUUUUUAUUUGGAUGCAGAUGUUAGUGGUGGUAAAGCUCCUGCACAAAAAUACUUUUUACAAUUUUUCUGUAGUAAAUAGCUAUGGAAUAAAUAAAAAUAGUCGAUGUGUUUUUUUAAUUUGCCUGUUUAACUGAUUGGGAAAAAAGAAAACUGAUAGGAUAGUCUGGUACUUACAUUAGAAAGGCUGAGUGAAAGUCUAAUAUAUGACGAUAAUGUAUAGAAUCUGUGGCUUGAAACAAAUUCAGUUAAUAUCUCACAUUGAUUGGCCUGUAUUUUCUCUCAUAAAGACCAAGUUGAUGAUUUGUUGAAAAACGCUAAUCCCUCCAACUUGAAAUUAACUGGC